AUGUCUAGUUUAAUCUUCAGAAAUUUACACCAUUUGAGGUCUGCUGUUAGAGCUUCUUCACCGACCCACUUCAAUCUCCAUUUCCUUCAAAUCCACCCCUUUUCAUCAUCAUCAUCAUCAUCAUCACUCAAAACCACUCCAAAUCAACACUCAUUCACAGUGAAUUACCUCAUAAACUCAUGUGGGUUUUCUCUAGAAAAGGCUCUCUCAGCGUCAAAGUAUGUCAACUUUGAAACCCCAGACAAGCCUGACUCUGUCCUCGCAUUCUUCGAGAACCACGGUUUCACCAAAACCCAGAUCUCAACUCUCGUCGGGAAGCUCCCUCCGGUGAUCGUAUGUGAUCCGGAGAAAACCCUUUUGCCCAAACUCGAGUUUUUCAAAUCUAAAGGCGUUUCGAGCACUGAUGUUGCCAAAAUACUAUCUUCAUCGCCAGCUGUUCUGAAAAGAAGCUUGGAAAACCAUGUCAUCCCAUCUUUCAAUUUCUUAAAAAAAUUGAUGGGAUCCGAAGCGGCAACCAUAUAUGCUAUUAAACGCUCUGGCAGGCUUCUUUUGCUUGAUUUUCAAAUUGACGUGGCACCCAACAUUGAAUUUCUGCGAGAAUCCGGUGUGCCAAAUGAGAAUAUUUUGGUCUUGUUGAGGUACCAACCUAGAGCAUUCAUGACGAGCUGCGAUAGGUUUAGAGAGAUUGUGAAGGAGGUGGAGGAAAUGGGCUUUAAUCCUCUUAGGACGAAAUUUGUGAUAGCAGUUCAUGCUUUUAGGGCAAUGAGAAAAUUGACGUGGGAGAAGAAGGUUGAGGUUUAUAAGAAAUGGGGUUUGUCUGAGGAUGAUAUUCUUGUUGCUUUUGGGAAGUAUCCGUGGUGUAUGAUAGCGUCCGAGCACAAGAUCUUGGGGGUGAUGGAUUUUUUUGUCAAUAGAAUGGGUUUGGAGUCCUCAUUUGUUGUAAGAAGGCCAGUACUUAUUUCGCUGAGCUUAGAGAAGAGGAUUGUUCCAAGGUGCGAAGUUUAUAAAGUAUUGUUGUCAAAAGGUUUGAUUAAAGACAACGAGAUUAGCUUGAUGAGAAUGCUACUCUCUCCUGAAAACAGGUUCCUAAAUAGGGUUGUGUACCGUUACGAAGAAGAAGCUCCUAAGCUAUUGAAAUUGUACAAGGAAAAGUUGGCUCUUGCACAAUAA